AUGGAUCCUCUGACUCCCUCACUCUCUGCUGAAAACAAGACUGUACUCAUCACCGGUGGGGGGUCAGGGAUUGGGAAAGCAACCGCUAUAGCAUUUGCGCAGGCAAAAGCACGAGCCGUGGUAAUUACAGGCAGGACACAAUCCUCGCUCAACAGUGCGAAAUCAGAAAUCGAAGAAGCGGCCAGGGUCCAGAACAACCGCAACUUUGAAUGUGUUGCCUUUUGCGCCGAUGUUGCAGACUCGAAAGCCGUCGACGACGUCUUCUCCCAGGUGGUUCAGAAGUUCGGCGGGAUUGAUGUCCUCGUUUCGAACGCCGGCUAUCUGGACAAAUACUCCCUGAUCGCUGAAUCCGACCUUGAUGAUUACUGGCAAUGCUUCGAAACAAACGUCAAAGGCGCACUGGUAGUCGCCAAAGCAUUUCUGAAGACUCAACCUCAAUUGCAAUCCUCCACUGCAACUCCAACCGAGUCGGUCACCCCCAAACCCGUGAUCAUCAAUAUCUCCACGGGAGCUGCCCAUUUACCUCCCCAUAUUGUGGCCCCGUUCUCUGCAUAUGCCUCUUCGAAACUUGCUGCAUGGCACAUUUUCGACUUUCUUCAGGCUGAAAACCUCCAGACCCUGGCGGUAUUCAACCUCCAACCAGGUGAAAUCCCUACUGCAAUGGCAAAGAAGGGGCAUAGAGAUCUUGCAAAGGACGACGUACGAUUACCUGCACAUUGGUGCGUGUGGCUUGCUGCCAAGGCGGAGACGGAUGCGGCGUUCUUGAAGGGCAGGUUUGUCUGGGCUAAUUGGGAUCUGGAAGAGCUCUUAAGCCGGAGAGAGCAAGUCGAAAAGGAGGAUCUGCUAAAGGUGGUGUUGAAGGGCUGGGGCGGGGAGUUCGUGGAGAAGUACGUCGACUAA